AUGGAUCGUGUGAUCGAGAUCGCUGGAAGACUGGUUGACACGCAGGCCCCGCCUGCAUAUCCUCGUGCUCUUUCGCAUUGGGAGACAUUUUCUCUUUUCAAUCAUGGUGCUGACUGGGGAAGUGGUAUUCCCCGUCCGCCGCGGGAAUCCUUUUUAUUCCGGAGUCGGACACAGGGCCAGAAACUACCCUACAAGCAUAUCGCCAACCGCUUGGACAAGACUGAACUGGCAUGCCGUGUCCAUUGGCACCACAUGACAGUUGGUCGGAAAGGCCACCGCGCCGAGGAAUUUGACGAUGACAAUAUCUCUGACAAUAGUGACGGGUCAGCUCCACCAACGGUACCGUCUGCAAGCGAAUUUGCAACGCACAGCGGCUCCAAUAACGCCCAACAAGAUGCGAGCCUCUCGUCCGCGAAGUCACCGGCAGCCUGUACGCUACCCAGCUUCGAGACCUUCAUUCGAGACACAUUCCAUCAACGCAGCACGUCAUCGCCAGGGUCUCUUGUGGGUGAUGUUAUGGGUGAUGGCGCAAAAGAGAUACAACUGCCAAACAGUAACAGAUCAUUACGGACACUUUCUGGGUCGUGGCUGGGAGAACCUGGAGCCACUAGCACAUAUCUUGAGCCUCAGGCUCGAGACCCACUCAACCACUUUGGUGUCUCUCGACCUCCACCAGAUCGGCAGGGAAAUCCAUCAAGCUUGAGUCCUAAACCCCUGCCAAUUAGGCCCGCCGACCCUUCUCAAAUACGAGGGGACAGGUUGAGGCACUGA